AUGAGAUUAUACUUGGGGUCAAGCUUCUCGAUAAUCCAGGCUUCAAUUCAGCUGCUUCGUCGGCCAAAUACAACAACAUUUGGUUUACUCUGUGGAAGAACUUCUCAGUUCAGAUGGGCUGGCAAUUAUUCAUCUCGUUUCUGUUUUCUUCAAAUAUCAUCUCUUAGAUUCAAUUCAAGCGCCGCAAACGAACCAGCUCUAACUGUAUAUUACCUUAUAAACUCAUGUGGGUUGUCCCCAGAAUCAGCUCUCAGAGCCUCUAAACACAUUGCUCUCAAGACCACAGCCAAAGCAGAUUCUGUCCUUGACCUCUUCAAGAACUAUGCAUUCACGCAAGCCCAAAUCUCCGAUAUCAUUACCUUCAACCCAAAUGUACUCAGAAUCGAUCCUGACAAAAUACUGAAACCCAAAAUCGAACUACUGUGUAAUAUGGGGAUAUCAGGCCCCAACCUCGCAAAGAUCCUUUCCAGAUACUCCAACUUCUUGACAGCGAAUUUAGAAAGAGAACUCAUCCCUUCAUUGGAAUUCCUCAGGAGUUUCAUCCACACGGAUGAAAGGGUCGCUAUCGCUCUGAGUCGUAUGACCUGGACCACCCGGCUUCCUGAAAGAAUGACGCCCAAUAUUGAGAUCUUGCGAGAUCAUGGUGUAACAGAGUCCAACAUUUCGAGGUUAAUGUUCCUUCAUCCUCGACUAAUGAUUGGGAAAUCUGAAUGGUUUAAGGGGGUGGUUUUGAGAGCCAAGGAAAUGGGUUUGGAUCCUUCGACUACCGUUUUCAUAAAUGGUUUCCGGGUACUAUCUGGGAUGAGGAAGCCUGCAUGGGAAGGAAAGUUGGCUGUUUUUAGUAGUUUUGGAUGGCCGGUAGACGAUUAUCUUUGGUUGUUCCGGAAGCAACCCACUGUUUUUGGACUUUCAGAGAAGAGAAUCAGGGCAGGAUUGGAUUUCUUCAUGAACAAAUUGAAUUGGACAAUUGCUGAUAUCAGGAAGUAUCAUAGCAUAUUACAAUAUAGCAUGGAGAAGAGAAUAUUUCCAAGGUUUUCUGUUUUUCAAGUUCUGCUCGCGAAGGGUCUAAUGGAAAAUAAUAGUAUCGGCCCCGCCAUGAGAUUGACUGAGGAUAAGUUCCUGAAUAAGUAUGUGUUCAGGUAUCUAGAUGAACAACCCCAUCUGUUGAAAUUGUAUCAAAGUAAGAUAGGUAUUCUUGAAUCAUAA